UAAAAAAAUGAAUCUCCAAAGAAAACAUGAAGAAGAAAAUAUUUUGGAUUCAAAAUCAGAAUAAGGAUCCUCCUUUACUUGAAUAAUAAUCUGCACUUCGUCUUAGAUUCUUCACUCAGAAUAUCUGCUCGUCUUCAUUAUUCUUCUAAUCACAUUUCUUCUACUUCCUCAGAAUCAAUCGAUCUUGUUGUUGAUUUUUCUUCUUGAUUUUACCGAAUGGCGAAUGAUGAAGAUAAUAGUAACGAAUCUCCUCCUCCUCCGCAGAAACAUCUUGUUUUUGCUUAUUACAUUACUGGUCAUGGAUUUGGUCACGCUACUCGUGCAGUUGAGGUUGUUCGACAUCUUAUUGCAGCUGGGCAUGAUGUCUAUGUGGUCACUGGUGCUCCAGAUUUUGUUUUCACUUCUGAAAUUAAAUCUGAAAGACUCUUCAUUCGUAAGGUCUUGUUAGAUUGUGGAGCUGUUCAAGCAGAUGCAUUGUCAGUGGAUCCCCUGGCUUCGUUAGAGAAGUAUUCGCAGACUGCAGUUGUACCCCGGGAUUCUAUUUUGGCAACAGAAAUAGAGUGGCUUACCUCAAUCAAUGCUGAUUUAGUGGUGUCGGAUGUUGUUCCUAUUGCAUGUCGAGCAGCGGAUGAUGCUGGAAUUCGCUCUGCUUGUGUCACCAAUUUCAGUUGGGAUUUUAUCUACGCUGAGUAUGUGAUGGCUGCUGGACAUCACCAUCGUUCAAUAGUUUGGCAGAUAGCAGAGGAUUAUUCUCACUGCGAUCUUCUAAUCCGCCUUCCAGGAUACUGCCCGAUGCCUGCCUUUCGUGAUGUUAUUGAUGUACCGCUUGUUGUGAGGGAGCAACGUAAAUCAAGAGCGGAGGUUAGGAAAGAGCUUGAAAUAGGGGAGGAUGUUAAGCUAGUUAUUUUCAACUUUGGUGGACAGCAGCCUGCAGGUUGGACGCUAAAGGAGGAGUAUUUACCGCCUGGUUGGCUCUGUCUGGAACUUCCUCCAAAUUUUAUAAAGCUCAAAAGAGAUGUAUACACACCAGAUGUGAUGGCAGCAUGUGACUGUAUGAUCGGAAAGAUUGGGAAUGGAACAGUAAGUGAGGCUCUGUCAUACAAGUUGCCUUUCGUAUUUGUACGGAGAGACUUCUUUAAUGAAGAACCGUUCGUUAGAAAUAUGCUUGAGUAUUACCAAAACGGCGUUGAAAUGAUUAGGAGGGAUUUGCUCACAGGACGCUGGGCACCUUACCUUCAGCGUGCAAUUAGUUUGAAACCCUGCUAUGAAGGAGGGGUUGAUGGUGGCAAGGUGACUGCCCGCAUACUACAGGAUAUGGCUUUUGGAAAGAAUAAUACUCCGCAAAAGUUUAGCGGGGCCAGCAGAUUGAGUGAUGCCAUAGUCCUCGGGUAUCAAUUACAACGAGCACCUGGUAGAGAUGCAGAUAUUCCAGAGUGGUAUUCUGUUGCUGAACAUGAACUAGGUUUGCGCAACUCAUUGUCGAGUGCUGAGUUGAAUCAGAAAAGCUCUUCCGAAAAAUCAUGCGUUGAAGAAUUUGAGAUUCUUCAUGGAGAUCAUCAUGGUCUUUCGGACACAAUAAAUUUCUUCAGGAGUUUGGCAGAGCUGGAUGUUGAACAUGAUUCUCGACACAGUACCGAGAAGCAUAAAAUGCGAGAGCAAAUUGCAGCUGCUGGUCUUUUUAACUGGGAGGAUGAGAUAUUUGUUGCCAGAGCACCUGGGAGAUUGGAUGUCAUGGGAGGAAUUGCAGACUAUUCAGGAAGCCUUGUAUUGCAGAUGCCCAUUAGAGAAGCUUGCCAUGUUGCCAUCCAGAGAAGUCAUCCAAGCAAGCAGAAACUCUGGAAGCAUGCCCAAGCUCGGCAACUUGCAAAAGGGCAGUCCACUCCUGUGCUGCAAAUUGUUUCAUAUGGGUCAGAAUUGAGCAAUCGUGGACCAACUUUUGACAUGGACUUAUCUGAUUUUAUGGAUGGUGAGCAGCCAGUUUCUUAUGAAGCGGCCAACAGAUUCUUUGCCAAAGAUCCUUCACAGAAGUGGGCAGCAUAUGUUGCAGGGACUGUUCUUGUUUUGAUGACUGAAUUGGGUGUACGGUUUGACGAUGGCAUCAGUAUAUUGUGUGGUCUUGCAGGUGUCUUCUGCUGUGCCGGAAGGGAAAGGAGUAUCUUCUUCUGCUGCAGUGGAGGUUGCUACCAUGUCGUCCAUUGCUGCUGCUCAUGGUUACUUCUCUUUUCCCAUCAUACGCCAUGUUCUCAUUUUUAAUUUUUGCGACAUGCAUUUAUGUAGCUUUUAAUUCUGACAUAUAUUCUAUUUACCCACUCUAAGAGAUAGGUUUAGGUGAAUUAAUUCUCACCCGCACACAUGACAGCUUAAAAGCUCAUCAUUUAAUUCUAAACAUUUUAUGAUAAGAAAUGACAUCCUUAGUCAAAUUUGAUCAAGCGACACUGAGUUAAGUUUGCAACAUCCACUAGAUAAUCAGUUGCAGGAGCAUCUUUUUCUGGAGCGACUGUCCCUUUGGGCUAUGAAACCAAGGGAUUGAUUUUGCUUUUGCCAUCAGUUGUGGCUCUUGGGGAGAUAGGUCUGGCAGGCGUGCCGGUUCUUGUCAUGGUCAGCAUGUUGGGUAUCUGCAAAUUCGGCGCCGUUUUCCACCAGCAGAAGCUUAGUUUUUUCCCCCUCUAACAAUCCGAAGCACUUUUGAGUAUUCUUUUUCAUUCUGAUUUUACUAUUCUUUGUAGUCAUCAAGAUUCUAAUUUUUGUUAUAGACCUAUAAGUUGUAACCCUUCAUUUGUUGUAAUAGAACACAAAGAAUAAGGCGAGGGUGUAGUAAAUUUUUAUUUUUUACCAACAAAUAUUAAAAAUAAUUUUGACAC